AUGAAGAACAACUCUUUCAAUAACUGUUUAUGUGAGUACUGCACAAAUAUGGAAAUGAAAGUCACUGCUAUUAACAAAGAAACACAAGGAAGGAGAAAUGCUUUGGGUAUUCUUAACAGAUAUGAAUUGUCGAAGAAAACAGUAUGUCUAAAACCAGAAGGCGAGAGGUUCUACAGAAGAGAUUGCAUCAAUAGAAAUUGUAGUAAAUGUGGUGUGAAAAAGCUACAGGAAGAAAUAAGGAAAGCAUUGAGAGGUAAAGCACAAAUUGAGUGGAACAGGUGGGAGAGCCAGACAUACAAGGACACAAAGACCGGGAAGAAGAAGUUAAGGAAAAUGCUGCGCUUGAAAAGAGAAUCUGUCUAUGUGUUUCUCCGAGAAUUAUAUGAGGAAGUUGAGACUUUCAGUUCACAUUUGCAUAAUGCCAUGUGGCAAUACCAGCAGUUUAACACUCUGAUCCAUGAAAUUCCGAUGAACUGGGUUGUCUUUUGUAUGGACUUUUCCGAAAAUUACACGUGUUUGUAUCAAGAUGAGGCUCAGAGUGCUCAUUGGUCGCAUGACCAAGCCACCUCGUUUUUUAUUGUGGCUUACUACAGAUGUCCCGAGCACAAUGAGAUCAUGCAUGAAAGUCUCAUGUUUGUAUCUGAUGACAAGCAUCAUGAUAGUCAUGGAGUUCAUCAUUAUGUCACUGAAGCUAACAAGCAUCUUACUGAAAAACUACACUUGACCAUUGAACGUGAAAUCCAUUUUUCGGAUGGGGCUGCCAGCCAGUUCAAGUCUAAGACACCAUUUGCUGAUGUUGCUAACAGCUCCACAGACUAUGGUUUUCCAUGUGAGAAGCACUUCUUCGGAAGUAGACAUGGUAAAGGCCCAUGUGAUGGGGAAUUUGGUGUUGUUAAAAGGACAGUCUCACAGGCAGUUGUAGCAAGGCAGGCCUUAAUAAGAAAUGUGAAAGAGUUCCAUGACUUCGCCAAAGCAAAGCUGUCGAAACCAAAUGAUGACAAAGAUACAGAAUGUUCUGACCACAAGUUGCGGACUUUCUUCUAUGUCCCACAGACUGAAGUCACAAGACAGAGAUCAGAUCGCAUCAACGCGAAACAGAUUCCAGGAACAAGAAAGCUUCAUGCCGUCAAGCCUUGUUCAGAGGAUAUAUUAAGGGUUGCUACACGUGCACUAAGCUGUUUUUGUAUACAUUGUAGGGGUUCACAAACAGAAUCCACUUGUCAGUCUGUAGAUCAUGUUGAUGACUGGGAGUCGCAGGAAAUUCAGAAAAGACAAGCCAAGUCUACUAAGGGAACUGACAAUUCUCGCUCGAAGAACAAAACAACUCGUGCAAAGUCAAGUAAGGGAACUGACAAUUCCCUUUACAAUAGGGUUGCCUUGUUAACUAACCAUUUGUCAAAACCAUGCAAAUUUACAAAAUGAAACUGUCAUGGAGUGAUUUGGACAAAUGGUUUGGGGGAAGUCUUAGUAAGUUUUCCAAAGCUGAACAUAUUACGAUAAUGCUAGGAAAUAGUUCUCUAUUUCAUUUCAGAGCAACUAAGACUUCCCCAACCCAAUACGAUAAUGUGAGAAUGUGAUUGGUGGAAAGAGAAAGAUGAAAGCUGCUAUAAACUGAU